GAGCGUCAAAUCUGCAAAUUUCUCUCUCUUUCCGUUAUUUCUCUCUGAAAAUUCUCUCUCAUAAGUUCAGAAAUUUGCUUUGUUUGGUUCCUGAGAGAUUUGAUUUAAUCGGCGAUCUUUCCCUUCGUUCCUCGAUAAUCCCUCGCCUUCCUCCUUUCAAUUUGUGUGCGUCUUUCCUAGAAUAUAAUGCUUCAAAUUUUCAAGGGGUGGUUUUGAUUUAAAAAUGGAGGGUGACAGUGAUACAUUCUCAGGGCACGGCAAUGGAGGUGGUGGUCAAAUAGAUAGCAAGGUGGUGCAGACAUUUCAAAAGAGUUUUGUGCAGGUCCAGAAUAUAUUGGACCAGAAUAGGCUGUUGAUCAAUGAGAUAAACCAGAACCAUGAGUCCAAGAUGCCUGACAACCUGACCAGAAACGUUGGUUUAAUUAGGGAGCUCAACAACAACAUAAGAAGAGUGGUUGAUCUCUAUGGUGAUCUUUCGAGUUCUUUCACCAAAUCCAUGGAUGCAUCGUCCGAAGGCGAUUCGAGUGGCGCUGUGAAAUCGGAUGGCAAAACCGGUCUCAAACGAAACAGGCCUGCUUGAAAAAAUAUGGGUUUUUUUGGUUCAAAGCAAUUAUUUUUUUCCUUCUUUUGUGGCAAUGAACUUGCACAGCUUUGCUCUGAUGAUAUGAUUCUGCAAAAAUUUUCUUGUAUUGCAUUGUAACU